AUGGAAGAUGUGGCAAGGAGUUGUUCAAAGGAAAACGAUGAAGCAGAGAAAGUGAGGGAGCUAGUGGCUAAAUCAAAGACCUUGUCGAAGAAUUUUUUCUUGGCGGCCAUCUUGCGCAAGCCGCUUGCAAAGCUUGGGGUCUCACUUUUCAAAAAGGAGCUAUUGGAUAUUUCUCACAGGUUCAAUGAAGUGUUGGAGAAGUUUCUUGUUGAAUAUGAAGAGAAACUGGACAAGAAUCAUCAAGAUACUGAGAUGUUGGACGAAUUGUUGGGAACUUGUCAAGAUGAUAAGAUCACUAGGAAUCAUAGCAAAUCCUUGUUAGUGGUAAAAGUUUCCUCUAUUUAG